UAAAUUAAUAAAGUUGAAAAAAACUGUAAAAACUUUCUAAGUGAAUAGCAAUAAAAUCGACAAUUAAAAUAAAAGUGUUUUGAUUUUGGAACUAUUCAAAAGCUUGUAGCAUAUUUUUUUUAAUAUUUUAAAUUAAUAUUUAUAUUUAACAUUAAUUAUUCUUAUAUUCGUUUUGUUUUAAUUGAUUUUGUGUAUAAUAAAGAGAAAUGGGUGAUCAAUUUGUUAUUUCAUCAGAACUAUUUAAUGAUAUUCAGUUAGAUUCAGAAAAGUGUAAUAAUGGAAGAAUUUUGUCAAAAUUCAGAUAUCAACUUCCUAAGGACAAAGAAAGCUUUCUUGCGAUAAAAAGAAAAAGACUUUAUGAGGAUAAAGAAAACAUCAAUGAGAACGAAGACCGGAAUAAUGAAAACAAAACACAUAAUGUUAUAGAAAUUGAGUAUUCACGUGAAUCAACAUUAGAUUUAGUUGGCUUACAAAUAUGGCGUGGUGCAUUAUUAUUAGCUGAUUAUUUAUUUCAUCAUAGAAAUGAAUUGUGUGAUAAACAAGUUCUUGAAUUAGGUGCUGGAGUUGGUUUAACAAGUAUUGCAGCUGCAAUGUAUGCUAUGCGUGUAAUUUGUACAGAUGUUAAUCUUGGCGGAAUUUUAAAAUUAAUUCAAGACAAUGUUAACAGAAAUCGAAAAAUAACUAAAAAUGCUGUUAAAGUACUUGAAUUAAAUUUUGAAAAAAAAGUUCAUUGUUCUGAAGUUGAAGUAUACAUUAGACGAACUGAUAUUUUUUUAGCUGCCGAUGUUAUUUAUUUUGAUAAUUUGACUGACGCUUUUGUAGCGACACUAGACAGAGUUUUAGCGAGAAGUAAAAAGCCAGGUGCUGUUGCAUAUGUUGCAUUAGAAAAACGUUCAGCAUUUAGUACAGAUACUGAUGCUAUACCACCUAGUUUUCAAUACUUUUUGGAUAAAAGCAGUAAAAUGAAAUGGAAUAUUGAAAAUAUAAAAUUAGAUUUCCCACAGUAUUUCGAAUAUGACAGAAAUAAAAAAUUAGUUUUAUUGAAAAUCACAAGAAUACAAGAUAAACUAAAAGAAGAACAAACAGAUUUGCAAAAUUAAAUAUUAAAACACA